AUGCCAGCCCCAGAGGAAUGGGCACAGCAAGGCCCCUGGCCUACGUUGAAUGUACCCACCACAACAGUUGCCCUUCGUCUGAAGAAUAUCCUGAUCCAGUUCCAGCCGCCUUCGACAUUCCCGCACCGGUCAACGUUCAAGCUGCUCCGUGCCUCCCGCACGAAGACAAUACCUGAGAGGACACACUGUCCACCAUACGAGGCCCGGGCAGACGACGUGGACAAGGCCCGUCGCCCAGUAUCCGAGGGCGUCGUGAACCCAUACAGCAGGUUCGCCCAAUUGCGCAUGCCGAUCGACCGGAGAGACGGCCACGAUGUCCACGACUUGCAGGCUCUGCCUUGCAAGCACAUAUGCGCAGAGACGGAGAACACGCAGGACACUGUGUUCUGGUACCUACGUGAACGGCCGGUGCUCGACACUGCUCCUCGGGAUGCUAACGAGGUCCUUCGUGGCGAGCACAUACCCUGCGCAUCGGCAUGA